GAACCACGAACGAUUUACGCUAAAAUCUGUUUUAACCAAAAACUGUGCACAUGAGAAAUGUAAAAUUUGAGUUCGACUUUUUCUUAAGUGGCUUCUAUGUGGUUUUUUUACUGUUCGUCAUGGAUCAUGACAUCAAGAAGUCGUUGACUCCACAGACUGAUUACAACUUUUCGUCCGAAUGGCUUAUUUCAAAUCAUGACUUGCCUUUCCUUAGAAAAUGUUUAAUUUGGUUAGAAAUGUCCACAGCGGUUACAGCAUUUGUGAUCAACAGUCUCGUAAUGACAUCCGCCAAGGUAUACAACGCAUCAUGUCGCGGGUACUUUUUCGGGCUUUUGAACCUGGCAUUCGCUCAGUGUCUCCUUUCCUUAACAAGUUUCGCUGGCGUGAUUUCUUCGCUAGUGGUGCUCGAUUACAACACCUCGCCAUCUACAUUCAAAGAAAACUGGUGGUGUUCUAUUUUACAUAACAUUAUUCAUGCUAUUCAUUUACUAUCCAUAGCAGGAACAGCAGCUCUCAGUUGGACGCAUUGGUGGUCCUUAAACAUCUCGGCCAAUCAUGUUGAAAUGCCCAAUGGCUAUCGAGUGAUCAAAGUUGUAUUCUGUGUUCUUUGGUUGAUGGCGCUUCUGUUUGCCACUUGGCUCAACUUUCUCGUGGCGUUUUGGGGGAUCGGCUUGACCACUACGGUGGCUGAAAAUGACAAAAGGGCGAUUCAGCCUUGUUUGCGUAUUUAUUCAUUGACAUUCAUUGGAUCUGCUUUUUUGCUCUUUUUCUCUAAUCUCAGUUCAAUACCCCCCGUCACUGGCCAUCUUACCACUAGAGCGAUUCAAAGUAGUCACCAAAAAAAUUGUCAAGAUGCUGAUUGUGUGUGUUCCGACAGUAAGGAAGAUUAUACACCAUAUAACACUUAUUCGACAAGGGUCCUGAAACAAAAUAAUGGACCUCAUUUAAAAGUAACUUUAAUUCCGACGAUUGUUACCCAUAAUGGGUUUGAACAUGCUACCGAAUCUACGCCCCAUCAAUCGAUUGAUGGCAAUCAGCUCACUUCCUCUAACAACACGAGUAACUUGAACCUCGUCUCCCGUGAAGGCAAUCCGGAUUUUGUAUCUUCUCUUUCCAUCAUUGACACCAUUCCAUCGCCGACAUCUAAUGCUUCUAAUAUGAGCAUGUACUCGGCCGAUCUCUCAACUAAUUCAGUCCAUGAAACAAUUACCAACACUGCGCUGAAAUUAUCUGUCGAAAAAUUGCAUCAACGGUUACAACAACUUAGUGAUGCUCGUCCAAUAUCUUCACCGGAUCCGGAAACACCAUCACCAGAUUCAUUUCCUCAAUCUAGACCGGCAUCAGAAAAUAGAAGAAAGCGUCAAAAGAAGAAGCGCAAGCCUAUCUUUAAAUUUAAAAAGGUUACAUUAAUUCAAUGGGAACGCCCUACCAGCAUCCAAGUUGCAGUAAUGGUAGCUUUUGUGAUUCUUUAUCUUCCUCCAUGGGUUCUACUUGCUGCAUGUAUUUACUUGCCUCAGCAUGUAACCAUAUUCUUGUCCAUUUUUCGACUAUUAAUCAAUGUGGGAAGCAGCGUCAAUCCAAUACUACAAGGAUUUCGACAUCCUCGAUUUGCUCUCAGAAUGGUUCGGACCUGGCGCAAAGUUUACCCUUCAAGUAAAUGUGUUUCUCAAGAACCAUCAAAUAUUAUUAAACCUCUGAAGUAAAAUUUCUACUAAUAUAUGGUUCAAGUUAACUAAAUAAGUAAAAACCCAGCAAUUAGUAGGCCUAUCCAUGAAAAUCAAAACCCGAUUCAAGGAAGGAAAAGAACAAGUGGGGACCGGUCUAAAAGAUGCACAAGUUUAGGCUAGGUCGUUUGGUAUUAAUAUUAAAUACGGUAUGUCGACUACAAAAUUUAAAAAAUUUGUAAACUUAGUAUACUGUAUGUAGAUUAAGUGGAUAGAGUCCGUUUCCUGUUACUGCUCCCAAGGCAUUUGUGUCUCGCCAUUCAUUAAAUGUAGUACCUCCGGCAAACGUGUUUCUUA